CACAGCUGGGAGGGGAGGGGGAAGGGGGACAGCGGCCGCCUUCGAGCCGCUGGAUUCGGUCUGCCACUCCUCCCCUGCCCCGAAGUAGGGGAGACGCCUCGCGGCGGCGGGAGAGAUUUGCGGCCGGAGGUGCGGAGCAGAACAUCACCUUGCAGCUGAUAGUGCAGGAGGUGGAGGUUCGAUGGAAGCAGUGAUUUAAAGACCCCAUGUCUGCACCGAAACAAUUGAAAAGGAAAGAGGCUUGAACGGGUGUGUUGCUAUGGCUAACACAACCAGUGCAGGUGUGGCAGCUGCAGACACUCGGGUAUUGGCCUUAGCUGCUGAGGUCACUGAGAGCAGAGAGCAAGACAUUCCCCUGCUGCUGCUGAAGUUAAAGGGAAUUUUAAAUGAUUCUUCCUUGGGAUGUGAAGAAUCAGAAAAAAUAAAGCAAGAUAUAUAUGAUUAUGAUUUGACUCGAUACUGCAUGCUGCUUCUUAGACAGGAUCACUCUCGACUGCAUGGAGGCUGGGCUACUGCUGCCCAGCUAGCAGAGAUACUGAGUCAUUGUUGUGUAGGAUUUGAGGUGAAAGAAGAUCCUGAGGAGUUUCACAAGAAAUUUCUUCCUUCAGCUAUAGACAGCCUGCUGGGUUUGGGAAGACGCUUGCAAUCACGGUUUAUCCGAGCAGUCAAGGACAGAGAAAAACAGGAUUUUUUACGCUGGUUCCAAACAGUAACUGAUGCCAUCUGCUGGCUGUUUGGUGGGCACGUUCGACUAGCAGAGUGUGUACUGCAAAACGAUCACUUCCUGCAGCUGUUAAUAACAGAUGACGUUGAAACAGCAACUAUAACGAUGUCUGUUUUACACAAUAUUUUGAGGGUCAAUAGUUCUGUCUUGCUUGAGGUUGAUGAGGAUACUCUUCAUGCUGUUUUGGAUGAACUUGUUUAUAAGCUUUCAUCUACUGCCAAUCCUGUCAUAGGAAACAGUGCUACAAAACUGCUUCUGUUGGUGGCAAAAUUUGGCAAGCAGCUUGUGGAGUUACUCACAGCUCGCUACAAAGGAUUAAAAAGACUUUUGAGUAAGCAGUGGACUGGAAAAGGAUUUGACAGGGAUCUCAAUCAGCUCUUGGACCUGCUCUAUUCGAAACAAUCCAAUGAAAAAGGACAAAUGCAGAGGCAGCAACAAGCAGCUUGUAUAAUUCAGGCUGCGUGGAGGGGAUUUCAGAUGCGGAAAAGGCUGAAAAAGCUACCCCAAGCAGUGACCACUCUACAGAGAAGCUUCAGAGCUAAACGGGAACAGGAGCUGCAGCAUUUAAAAAAGCAGAAGGAAGAUGAGGCUCUAAAACUGCAAAUGCAACUUCAGAGACAGAGGGCUAGGAGACUCUUCCAUGAACGACAGCUGGCCUUACUGGAAAUAAUCCAUGCCAGUCAGGUAAAUAAGUACAUGGAGGAAAUGGAGGGAAAAGCAGCAUUAACUAUCCAGAGAUUCUGGCGAGGUUAUAGAGCAAGAAGAAAUUUUCUUCAGCAAAGACAAUCUCUUAAGGAGUAUAAAGCAGCUGUCAUCAUUCAGAGAGCAGCUUGUAAAUUCUUGGAAAAACGAAGAAGGAGGAGACCUUUGUCUCCUUGGAAAGAUCCCAAGGGACUGACUGAUGAGCAGAGACUAGCUUUGCAGCAGAAGGUGGAUGACUACAUCAAAUUGCAUCCGGCUUCCCAAAUGUCAGAAGAAGUGAGUAAGGAGUUACACAUGCAGGCCCAGGGAAAGCUGGCACAGUUCCUGUUGAGAAGCAGACUGGAUCAGAGAGCAGUGCAGCGGAGACAGACAUUACUGGCUCUGGUCAAUACUGAUGUGGAGCUGCUACUGAAUGCUCCGGGCUUAGCAGAGACCACAGAAAAAGAUUUUGAUGUCUUUAUGAGUCGAUCAGUCCCUGUAGCUACCAAGGCAAGACAAUCCCAUAACACUUUGCUGAAGUACACUCGCUGGCCAUGGUGGAAGAAGCUUGGAGAUGAGUUCAUGGAGGAUGGUGUCAUUCCUGAUGAUGCUCUAAAUGCAGAACUAGGAACUCUCUUUAUUGGUGGAAAGAAAUCCUCUUAGUAAUCCUUCUUAGGCAGAAGAAUUUAUUACUCAGACUCAUACCUUGUACUAUGCAUCCAUUUGCUUGUGUUUUAAGGAAGCAAAAUGCUUGGAUGAAGCACUGAAAAACGAGCAAAACCUUGUCUUAGUGCAUUUUACUUGCCUUAUUAAGAAUCUCUUCUUAUACAUCAACAGUUAGAUCCUAUUGUUUGUGCUGUUGCCAAUGGGAUUUAAAUACUGUAGUUGUAAAUGAUAUUUUGUAAUUUGUUGUCAUGGAUGCAGGGAAUUAAUGUGGCCAGGUCAGGAAUUAUAAAAAUAGAAUUAUUUUAUGCCCCCAAACUAUGUACAAAAAAAUAGUUUAGCUUUAUUUACAGAUUCAGUUUGAUUGGGAAUUUCUUCAAAAAGAUAUUAUUGACAAAUUUAGAGAUUUAGGAAGCCAGGAAAUGGAAAAGGCUAAGCUAUAAACACAGCUUUACCCCACUAUCAAUCAGGCUGAAGCAGAGAAUUAAGGUAACAAUGGGUCUUAAUCAUGGAGGUGAGAUAGGUAUUCAACAGUGAUCCCUUGCUACAUUUCUCUGCAGGAGCAGCCUUCUGAUGCUGCAGGCAAUAUCCAGUAGUAUAGGUCCAUGCAGCAGAAGCCCAAGGCCAGUGGCAAAGCCGGCAAACUCAGAAAUGUCUCAAGCACUUCUUUCACAAGUGGGAUGAUCGUGGAACGUUUGUAUUAAAAUAAGUUUAUAACCUUUGGCUUUUCAGUUCUUGUUCAUUCUGAGAAGUGUAAAGAGUCACACCAUUGUAAAAGCCUGAGAUUUUUUAGUAAGUCAUUUUCUCAGGCAACGUGCUUUGAGGCAAAGGUGGGCUCAGAACAAACUAAGAUUCUAGGAAGAAGUCAGGCAAGCACUGGGUAGGCUGGUUGUUUACAGCAGGGUAGAACAACUGAUGCCAGUUUGUACCGGCAAAGCUGCCCAAGGAACCUCCCCCAGCCUCUUGAAAGCAACGAGGGAAAAAGCAAGAGGAGUUAAAAACUGCCAGUGUUCUUGAAUGAUACGUGCUUUCCUUGAAAGGCAUACAGUUCUUUCCAGAGCUAGUGCAGUGCAUUUUAACACAGGCACAGUCCAAACCCUUCUAUGGGAUUGUAGCCUCUCUGUGACCAGACAGGCUACCAGCUCUGUCAUCUUAAACCGUGCAGAUAUUGUUUAAUCCAGAAAUGUCUCCACAGCACAGGGCUAUUGCAGUCCCUGAGACCUGGUACAUGACAGAAACCUACAGUCAAGGACUGAAGGCUGCUGCUCGCCAAAGUUCCCAGAAAGCAAGGAGAACUCAAGGCUGCGGCUCAUGCUGUAGGUACCUGAGCUGUUUUUUAGAGGAAGAAUUAUAUCUUGCCUCACUGCAGAGAAGGAGAAAGUGGAGUAAUUUCUGCUAGUUGUAUGUGGACAACAAUACUGGUACAAUGUGUUUGUUUUCCAUUGUCUAAUUAAGGUUUUGAAUUUUAAUUUUAGAGGAGAUGAAUGGAGAACAAAUAAAUAGAAAUCGUGGGCAGAAGCCCAAGCCCUUUCAGAUGCAGCUGAUACAUGGAAAUUAAUAAUUGGACAGUUGCCAAGAGGAAAAGAUCUGCACUACAUGAUUUUUUUCUAACAGAGCUGUGAUUUGGAAGACUUUGAAUUGGCUUUCAGUUCCUUUCUUGGAGAGUUAACUGGUGGAACAGUCCAUUAAGUAUUUGCCAGGGCACUUGCAUGUGUCUGUUGAGCUAUGUAUUGCUCUGCAUUGCUCUAUUAGUUUUAGGCCAUGUCCAUAACAAGACUGCCGAAGUGUAGGGGCUGGGUUGAAGUCACCAAACACCCCAGGGGAUGGGGGCAGUUUACCUCCCAGCAGCUGGCAAGCUAUGGCACUGGGAAAGGCCCAGCAUCUCUGGGUGAAAUGGAGCAAGCCAGAUGUUCCCUCAUAGACACAGAUAUUCUGUGGACGUCAUAGUGUCCUCUGUCACGAAGUCACUGACCCAUACUACUUUAGACAGCAGCUUCUGCUGUUGUGUUUAUUCUUAGUUGCCCUCAUUAUACCAGCUCUUUAGCACAGGGAGAUGCUCACAAAGGUGCUUUGCUUAACGUAUUUUAUGUGAAGAGAUGAGCCCUGUGGCCAGUGUUAAAUAGCAAGUGAAUUACAGAACCAUCUUUCCAAAAGUCAUUUAUUUUAGUGGCCUUUGCCACUCACUGCCAUUGCAGUGGAUAAUAAACUCCCCUUUGGAAUAUGCAAUUUGAUGGAUAAUGGGGGGUUUAAGCUAACAGAGGGAGGUGUGAUCUUGCUGGAUGAAUUCAAGUUGUUGGGUCAUGUAUUACCAGCCCAGCAGCACAAAUUCCCUCACCCCACCACCCUGAAAAAUAAAAAUUCUGCCUCUUA